AUGCCUCGUGGAAGCCGAAGCCGUUCUUGCCGGGCUGCCUCUCCAGCUAGCCGGGCCCCUCAGAUGAGGGCUUCUCUGAGACAAGGGCCUGCAGCUCAGCCUCUAGCAGCUGCUGUACCCAGGCAGCAAGUCCUGAUGGCCCAGAUGACACCCACUGUAGCUGGCGUGUCUGUGGGCUCUGUGUUGGGUCACAGCCCGGGUCAUGCCAUCACUGGGGGCUUUAGUGGAGGUGGUGAUGCUGAGCCUGCAAAGUCUGACAUCACUUACCAGGAGCCUCGGGGCCCAGCUGCUGGGCCAGCAGUCUCGUGGCCAUGCUCUCUUGAGAUUGAACAGUUUAUGGAGUGUGCCCAGAACCAGAGUGACGUCAAGCUCUUUGAGGGCUUCAAUGAGGUGUUGUGGCAGUGCAGAAUUGCAAAUGGUAUAAUCUAA